AUGUCCCAAUCAUCUAGAAAGAAGCUCCUUUUGAUGGGCAGAUCUGGCUCAGGCAAGUCUUCUAUGCGCUCGAUAAUUUUUUCCAAUUACUCGGCCUUUGAUACCCGUCGUCUUGGUGCUACUAUCGACGUCGAACAUUCACACUUACGGUUCUUGGGCAACAUGACGUUGAAUUUGUGGGAUUGUGGAGGUCAAGACGUAUUUAUGGAGAACUACUUUACCACUCAAAAGGACCAUAUAUUCAAGAUGGUCCAGGUUCUUAUACAUGUGUUUGAUGUUGAAUCCAAGUCCAUCAAUAAAGACAUUGAGAUUUUCGUCAAGGCGCUUACCAAUUUGCAGAAGUUCAGUCCCGAUGCAAAAAUAUUUGUUUUACUACAUAAAAUGGAUCUUGUGCAAAUCGACAAGAGAGAGGAGCUUUUUGUGAUCAUGAUGGAGAAGUUGCAGAAGAUCUCCAAUCCAUUUCAAUUUAAGCUUGUUGGGUUCCCCACUUCCAUCUGGGACGAGUCCUUAUACAAAGCUUGGUCGCUGAUUGUUUGCUCUCUCAUCCCUAAUAUGAACUUGUUCAACAGCAACUUGUUGAAGUUUAACCAGGUUCUCGAUGCUGAGGAGAUUAUUUUAUUUGAGAAGACUACUUUCUUGGUGAUAUCGUCCACAGCUUCAAUCCAGUAUCAGAUGCAGCAUCAGAAUGGCAAUCAAGCUAAUGGUCUGACAGAGGUCUUGGAUCCAAAGCGAUUUGAGAAGAUUUCCAAUAUCAUUAAAACAUACAAACAAUCGAUUUCAAAGCUUAGAACAAACUUCCACAACCUCGUGAUUCGUGGCUCCAACGGCUCGCACUUCUACAUUGACAUACUCACCGAUAAUCUUUUUAUUAUGAUUGUUCUUAAGGAAAAGGAGACCCAACAGAAUUUCAUUAGCAGCCAUGAAGAUUUAGUCAUCUUAGAGAACAUUAAAGCUGCUAGAAGAUGGUUCGAAAAGAUUGAAACAGGAAAAUAA